AUGCAGAACGCUUCACCAAAAAGGACUUAAUUUUAAAAAGAAUUACCACCUAUACUUAAAUAAACGACAAUCCUUCCUCAAGACAGACCUCCAAUGCCUUAAUAAUCUGGGUUAGUUAAUAAGAGCAGAAAGGACGAGUCUAGUAAGGGAAGAAUAAGCAAUAAAAAGGCCGAAUCUAAUUAAACUUUAUCUGAGGCAGAUUCUGAAUCUCUUGAGGAAUCAAACAAGGCAAGAUCAAUAUCAUCUUCAUCAGCAAGUAACUUUAUCCAGAGAAGAAAUCCUUUUGGGGAUAUUGGAAAUUAGAAAUCAGGAUCAGGAAUGUCUAAACCCUAUUAGAGUCAGAGCGAAAAAAGAUAGAAUUUAGAUGAUUUAAAAGUGAUGAGAAGAAAAAAUGUAGUGCCAAUUGUAAUGAAUUAACUCCAAGAUUUUACAAAUCUCAAAAGGAUAUUUGAUGUUGAUGUAUCUGAUGAAAAAUUUGAGGAAAGAAGGGUCGUAAUGCUAAAAUCAAUGCUUAGAAUGAAAGAAAAAGAAAAUAUUGUACUAAGAGAAUUAUUGAAAAGGAAAGAAAAUGCAUUUUUAAGAUGUUCAGAAUUAUGCGCAUUUUUGAGUUAGGUACUUAGCAACGACUAUUUAGAAAAAAGAAAAAAUAACAUUGGAGAACCACUAGGAGUUUAACUCAGCAAAAAAGAUACCAGAAAAAUCUAAACCAGUCUAGCCUGGCAAGAUAUAAUUCAUGAGCAUGCUACAAAUAAUGUAGAAAAAAGAAUAAUGAUGGAAAUGGGCCAAGCUAUAUCACAAAAUAAUCAAAGCUAGUAGCAUCAAUAGUAACAUUUAAGUAUGGAGCAUGCUCGGAACAAUCUAUCAAGAUUAGAAAACUCAAUAAAUUCACCUUAUCCUCGUGGAUUAAUUGCGAUAAAUAAUCAGAAAGAUGCUAUUUCGAUUAUCAAUUCCCCAGCAAUAAAAAAAGAUUUAAAUCAAAACUCAAUGCAGACUGACCAGUCAACAUCAAAAUACUUUAACUAUGAAACUGCGAUGAGACUUGAAACAGAUCUAUAUCUCUUAUUUAGAUCAUUGAUAAAGUUUCUAAAAAAUGAUAACUUUUUGGAGUACUAUUAGCAUCUCAUUCAUUUGAAAACUGCGAUUAGAGAAUCAAUAUAAUCCUUGUUUGAUUUUGGUCUAGUGCUGGGAUGCCAAGAGAGAUUCGCAGUAGAAAAGCAACAAGUUGAGUAUUUUUAAGGAAUAAAUAGAUAUUUACUUAAAGGUGAGGUUCAAGGAGUAAAAAGAGGGCAAGCCAAAGCAGAGGAAUAAUCUAUAAUGGCUUGCAUAAGGAGGAAAAUCUAUCUUAGCUCAAAGAGAAUUAAAAAGAUUUUAAAGCAGAGUUAACCAUAAACAUCUGAUUAUCUGUCUACUCAACUUAAUAAAUUAAGAGCUAAUGAGAUAAAAAUAUAACUCGAGCUAUAAGGUCUCUAAACAGAGCUAGAAUUGUAAAGGAACUGUAAUAUUUAGAUAGAACAAAGAUUAAAUUCUAUUGAUGAAUUUUCACUAAAGAAGUUUCACAAGUUCUAAGUUUAACUAAAACAAAAGGUAUUCGACUAGUUGAGAUAAUUGUAAGAAAGGUCUACAUAAAAAACAUUUAUCCUAGAAAUGUAAACUGCUCUAAGUAGCAUCUUUAAAUUUGAGAGAUUUUUAAAUGGUCAAGAUGAAUAUGAAUAUGUUAAGUCUUUAACUAAAUACAAGGGUAGUCCGAAGCAAAGCCCCUCUAAACCUGAAAAUUAAUUUGAAAAAACAAAUAAAGCAAUAAUUAAUCAGAUAAACAAACUUAAGUGCUAUUUAACAGAUUUUGAUAAGAUGAUGAAUGAUGUGUGUUAAAGCAAAUAAGACGGAAAUAAAAAUUGA